CAAUUCCAAAUAAAGAAACUGGAAGCAAAAAGCAAAAAGCAAAACAAAAACACGUUUGAAAAAAGAAACCGCUUGAUUGAUAUGCGAUCCAGAAAUGAAAGGCCCAUUAAGGUACAAGUUCCUUUUUCUUAUUCUGUGGAUUUGAGUUGAAAGUAAUCAUGGAGAAGCUAGUGGAAUCCCUGGAGAAAGCAUACCAGUCCCUGGUUGCAUCCGCCGCCUACGUCUUCGAAUCCAACGAGCUCGCGAAGGGUGCGAAAAGUGCUUCCACAGAUGCUGCCCUGGAGACGUUCAAGCAGCACUGGGAACUAUUUAAGGUGUCGUGCGACCAGGCAGAGGAGUUCAUAGAGUCUGUGAGGCAGAGGAUCGGCUCUGAGUGCCUCGUGGAUGAGGCCACAGGCACCCUCGCCCACACUAAUGUCGGCAUCCCGCCUAUCAGCGCCGUGCGCCUCGAGGCCAUGAGCAAGGCCGUCCGCUUGCUGGUCAUCGAGCUCCAGCACGGCUCUGCUUCCCCAAAUUCUAAUUCCUUCUCCUCGCACACUCUUCCGCCCCCGGCCUCGGCGUUCGACGCUCGUUUCGGAGACGAUUCUGGUCAUUAGACAUCUGACCCUUCUUCUCUGGCGUAAAUAAGGUUCAAAACCUGACAGCCAUGGCUCCAUGUUAAGAUGGCUUGGUAGACAUAGGAAAUGAGUUGGCCUUCAGCGAAUCAUCAAUCUGAUGGCAUUAUUGUGAAGCCACCAGCUUCUUAGAUUUGAAGAAAUACUCUACCAUGAGAAAUAUCAAAUUAUGUAUGAGAAAUAUCAAAUAAUGUAAUACUAAUAUUACAGUUCAAGGCAUUUUAGGUGGUGUCCUAUCUUUUUCUUAUCUUUUUUAAUUUUUAAGAAUUCUUUAAAAUUAUUUUUCAGACAGUUCUUGGCCUGUCAUGUAUCUCAAGCUAGAAAUAACAUGAGAAACAAGGCAAAAAUGGUGUAGUUCUUGAGAAAUUGUGAACGUUAUUCUUAAGAAAUGGCUUUGAUACCCCUAAAAAAGGAUGGACAGCCAUAAAUGCUAGUUUUUUUCAAUGUUUCA